AUGGCUUCUGGUAAGAAUAACAUUUCCAUAUCAUCUUUAUUAGAUUCAAGUUCUACGCCUUCAUCACAACUUCCCGGGCAAGCACAGAAACUGACAUCAUCAUCAACGUCGUCAAAGAAUACUGUUCAUAAUGAUCGAAAAGCAAUACCCAUUCUGGAAAUGGUUUCCAAAUUUCAAACAUCCUUUAAUGCUGGACCCGUGGAGAGUGAAGUGAUAGUAAUCGAUGAUUCUCAAGAGUCUACAUCUUCUGGAGAAGCAGAGUUAGGUUCAUUGCAAAUACCUAAACCAGAACCAAAAUCAAAACCAGUUUCGAAGCGAGUUUCACCACCUGCAACCAAAUCAACAACAUCUUCAAAACAGUACAAGGCAAUCAAACCAAAUAUUCAAAAGGGGAAUACUCCGCCAACGAAAACUACUAUUUCAAUUGACCAGGUUAAAAAAUUUCAAACCAAUUUUCAUUUGAACCCCAUCACGAAUCAAACUUCACCAAGCAAAACAUCAAUCACAUCUAUUAUUAAUAUUGAUGAUGAACCAAUACCUGGACCUGUGCCCACACCAAUUUCAGAAAACAAUAAUUCUGGUAACUCCAAUGCGAGCACAUCCAAAAGAAAGAGAGCAAAUAUUAAAUUGUUUGAUCCCAAAAAACGUCAAGCUGUAUCUUCCUCCACGACAGCAACAACUACAGCGACUACCAAAAAGAAAAGUCCUGAAAAACAGGAUAAUUCUGCUAGUCAAGUAAAAAUUGCCCAGAAACCUUCUUCGAUUACAUCGGCUGGUCUACAAAAGUCACCUUCGCUAGACAAAAAGGCAGAUAAAACUGCUUCGAAGCAGCUGUCAAACUUAGGUGCCAUAACUGAUAAAAACGAUUCUCCAGCUGCUGUUAAACUAUCUGCACCAACAGUAAUAGAUUUAUUGAAUAAUGAUUCCGAACCAGAAACGUCUAAAACCGAUGACAAGCAGACUGCACAAAGAAAUAACAAGGACAAAAAAAUAGAAGGCACUAAAGAAACAAAGCAAGAGGACACUCCAGUUUCCAAGAAAGAAGAAAGACCAACACUAAAAGAAAAGGAGAAGGAGAAGGAGAAGGAGAAACCAGAACCACCGAUAAUUGCAUUAAAUAUUCCAUUAUUGAAUCCUAAAGACCCACAACCUGGUAAAGCUGAAGUGAUAGUGAAUGUUCUCAAGCUUGCUGAAGAAAAAUAUGGAUGGGGAAUAAUGCAUCCUAAAUCAAAAUCAGCUAUUGAUGUAAUCGAUGAUAUGAUUGAUGAUGAAGACGAUGACGAUAAUGAGGACGAUGAUGACAUUAUAGAAAUCGUGGAAAACCAACCACCUCCUUCACCUUUACCAUCUCAACAAACACAACAAUCAAAGCUGGCUUCAGGGGUCAAUGGAAGUAGUGGGGUGUCACUGAAUCAACAACAGAAAGGGAAAGAAUUAACUGAAGAACAAUUAUACCGUCAACAUGAAGUGAAAAUGAUUAGAAAAGUUGGAAAAUACGAUUUUGAGGAUCCGUUUAUUGAUGACCAAGAGUUACAAAUGGAAGAGGAAAUAUCAUCAACGAAAGAAGGAUUCUUUGUUUAUUGGGGACCAUUAGUAGACGAUAGGAAUUCCAACAAGAAAAAGAAAAGGUAG